AUGUCCGGAUUAUCGCUCAUAAGAGCUUUAGAUCAACAAGAUAGAGAACAAGCUACGAGUAUUCUGCAGACCAUGCCGUCUGAAGUUUCCAUGAAAGACUCAGAUGAUCGAGUUGCACUUCAUUAUGCUGUUGAAACUAUGGAUUUAGCCACGAUUGAGCAGGUGUAUGAUCAAGAUCCCACAUUAGUAGAUUGUCAGGAUAGAGUAGGACAUACGCCGUUAUUAUUAGCUGUUAUGGCUGGUAGAGUAGAUGUCAUUCAGUUUCUCUUAGAGCACGGAGCUGAUCUUGGCCAUGUAGACAAAGAUGGACAUUCAGCUGUACAUUGGGCCGUAGUUUGUGGCCAGCUAGAUGCUUUAGUAUAUAUAAUUAAGAAGAAAGCAAGUGUUUCUGUACCAGAUCAUUUGAAUUCAACACCUCUUCACUACUCUACGGUUUCUGAAGAUAUUCCUCAUGAACUAUCAAUUUCAAUUCUCCUUGUGUUGUUAAGAGCAGGAGCUAAUCCUAAUGCUGUGGAUAUUGAUCAACGAACACCAAUAUUAUGGAGUGCUAGUAAUGGAAAUUUGGAGGCUAUUCAAUCUUUGAAGCAGGCAGGAGGGGAUAUUCAUGCUUUAGACAGAGAUAGAUUGUCUGUCCUCCAUUGUGCUGCAAGUCAUGGAUUUCAUGACAUUAUUGAUUACUUCAUGGAAUGCAGUCCAAGGAAUUUUGUAGAUCAACGUGAUCGAUCAGGCCAUACUUCCUUGUUCUAUGCUGUCACGUUUGGUCAUUAUGAAGCGACCAAAAAGCUUCUGGCUUAUGGAGCUAAUCCAAAUCAUCAGGAUAACAGAUUGAGAACACCUUCGCAUUGCGCUGCCGCCAAAGGACAACUCCGCAUGCUGAAACUGCUUCGGCAAUUUUCAGGAUCAUUUCAAAUUCAGAAUUAUAGAGGAGAUUUACCUGUUCACGAAGCUGUCCAAGCAGGUGGUAAAGAUUUGGUUGAAUGGUUCCUUGCGUUGAACCCAGAGUCUAUUGAUAGUCAGAACCAUGAAGGUAGGACAUGCCUUCACUUGGCUGCUGCAACUGGCAACAUCGAAAUGGUCGUUUUCUUAUGUUCUCGAGGAUGUUUCAUCAAUCCUCUGAUGCUUUUCAAAGGAUCUCUGUAUACUCCACUGGAUCUUGCCAUUCGCAAAGAUCAUCAAGUGAUAGUUGAAUAUCUGAGAAUGCGAUACAGUGCAGUGAAAGCUGAAGAUAUUGAUGAAGGAACUAAAUCACAAAGUAAAUCGAUUUAUGAAGAAAAAAUAGAACAAGGUCGCCUUCGAGUGGGACGACAUCUUGAGAGAGAAGAGAGCGUUACCGAUAUGGCUUCUAGCAAAAGAAGAGCACGUGUUCCACGCCGGAGAAGUUCUGAUGCUUACGACGAGGAGAGACAAUUUGUGAAUGCAGGAGUGAAUACAACAGGUCGAAGAGCUUCCUCUGCUGAUGGGAGAGGACCUGAAGUUAAAUCCACCUCUACGACUGACUUGCAAGCACAGUCAAAAGAAGCAGCUUCAUCCUUUGCCAGAGAGUUGGCUAAAGAGCUUUCCAACAUUCGGAAUUUCGAAAUGAUGAAAUCAGGAAAAUCUGCAGUUAAAGCAGAUAAACAUCAAAAAUCAAAUAAAAACAAAUCCGAUGCUCCAUCUCCUACUAAAAGUACAAGCACUGCUGACUUCACGGAUCUACCAGGAAUAUCGGAUUCUAGCGAUUUAGAAGAUAUGGAGCCUACUCCUGAGGAAGUGAUGAAAGAAAACAGAGUGCCAGAGAAAGCUUCUUUGCAAAAAAGAAGUAAAAGUGAACCAAGGGAGAAAUCUGCGGUUGCCCCUGACAGAAGGAAAAAUCUACGUUUAGUUUCCGGAGCUAAAAUGAGGAAGAAGCCAAACCAAGUAGUUAAGAUAAAAGAAGUGAAAGGAGGCGACUCAAAGAACAAAACAAUAAUGAUUGUGAAGAAAGACGAUCAGCGUAACGCAGAUGUUAUGGAAAUAUAUGAAGAUGAUUGGGAAGGAUUAGAAGAUCAUGAUCAUCCUGUUGGCAAAGAUGCUGCCCGCCGAUAUAUCCAUGAGAAAGCUAUUUUCCAAGAACUAACUCAUUUGAAGAGAAUGCAAAUACAAUAUGGAAGAGUGCAGGAAAAAAUAUUAGUACGAUCGCUAGUUUCGAAUUUUUGUAAAAUGCACGGAUUAGACCCAGCUAAUUUCAAAUUUCACACAUUCUAUGCUUGGGAGAAGUUUCUUUAUGACCGUUUGAAGACAAUUUAUUUGGAUGAAAGACAACGUUUAACAAUUGCUCGAAAUACUCCAAAGCAAUUGAAUGACAAAAGCUCACAUUUUGAGACACGAUUGCGUCAAGCCAGAGCAAUACCUCUUAAUGAGAAAGUACAAAGAAUGAGUCGAAGAAAUGUGGUGCUAUAA